AUGCCACCACUAUUUUCCACAAACUCAGGCACCAAGGAUGAGUCCACCUCACAGGGCCCAAGCAAUCCGUCUAUCCCACGACAGCGCACCUUGGAUAAGUUUUUCGGCCGACCGGGCAGCAGCAUACCUCCGACAUCUUCUACUUCAGCCGCUCAGACAAAGCCGAGGACAUCAACAGCUCAGCCAGCGCCACGGCCGUCCUCGUUCGCCGUGGUUCUUCCAUCGAGUCCUAGAAAACGUACAGGAACCACACCCAUGAGGACAGUCGAGGACGACGCAGACGACCUGGUGAUAUCGGACCUAUCACCCCAAUUCAGAAGACUAGCAGCUCAGGCAAAAGUAGGCGUGAGCCUCGCCAAGCCAGCCUUACCAGAAGCCGUCGCAGAUGAGCCAGAGCUAGAGGUGACUUCACCAGGGGCGGCCACUCCUCCACCACAGCCUCGCAAGCGCGGCCGGCCAAAGGGUUUUCGACCGAAUCUGACGGGCAAGAAAGCCUCACAGGAGGCCGGUGAGGCAGGACCAAGAAAACUGCGACCGGAUAGGCCCAAGACAGGCGCACUGUACGCGGGGAAGCGGCGAGGUCGACCGCCAAAAGCAGCUUCACCCAAGCCGCGAGAGAUCUACAAGAGUCUAAACCCACACUUCAACACGUACAUCUGCGAGUGGGAGGGUUGCAAGGCCGAGCUUCACAAUUUUGCGACUCUGCAAAAGCAUGUGUCGAUUGUUCAUACCAAAACGGUAGCAGCUGGAUGUCGAUGGGCCAAAUGCGCCCAAAAGCAGCCGUCUCACGAGUUCCCCACACUGGCGGACCUCAAAUCUCAUGUGGAGGAUCUACACAUGCUUCCAGUCGCCUGGCAGGUAGGGGACGGGCCGCAAGUGUCGUUCAAACGAUACGAUCCCGAUGAUGGGGCCAAGCUUCCUGACUACCUUUUUGACAAGGCUGGCAACCAAAUCACACCGUCAAUCAAGGAUCAGAAGGAGGAGGACUUGCACACGUGGCGCAACAAUAGGCGGAAACUCAAGGAUCUUUUGCUUCUCAGAGACCAGAAUCUGCCAAGCGAGGAGGAAGACGACGACGCAAUGGAGGAGGUGGCCGAAGGAGCAUGAGGUGGCUGAUGGUUGUGGCGCAAGCAAACAGUUGACGUGAAUCACGGGCUGAGUCCUGGCGGCUAUUGGAGGCGACGACAACACCAUCGAGACGAUACUGGACGGCGAGGCGAGCACGCUGACAAUGCUUGUGAGGACCAAGCUUCAUGGCAUGGUUUCGGAUGAGGGUUGACCGACUGCGCCUCCCUAGGGAUGACGGAGACUUCAGGAUAACGGGGGUAUCCGCUGCUUAGAAGGCCCCUGGAAAGUCGUGCAACGGACUCGUUCGGCCAACUGGAAAGGCCGUUGAGCGGUCUGCCGCUUCCCCAGACGAGCAUGGAUGAUUUGUCGAGGGCUCACUUGACGGGCAGCGGAUGGGCCGGGAGAGUCGUCGUCGUCGUCGUCGUCGCGUGUCUGAGCAUGAUUAUUCAUUCGAAAGGGACGACUUGGCAUUGCGGCUCUUGCUAAAU